CACUAUCGAAUUCUCAGUUUACCAAACAAUGCUACAGAAAGCGAUAUAAAAAAGGCUUACCGCAAACUUUCGCUCAAAGUACACCCUGACAAGAAUUCGGCUCCGCACGCCGAUGAAGCCUUCAAAGCCGUCGGGCUAGCAUACGCAACGCUUUCGGAUUCACAAAAACGACAUAUUUACGAUCAAUACGGC